CGGUCGUCUUCGUCCUGAGCUUCAGAACGUUUUUGUCCCAAAAUGCAAGCUAUUUGGUUAGUAACGUCGAUGUGUCACGUAUUACUCCUUGCCGCUCGGCCCGAUGGCAGCCGCCCUUGCUUUCUCUCUCACUCUCUCUCUUGCCCGAUAUGGCUACGCACGAAACCCCCGAGUAUCUCGAAGCGAUCAAGAAUCUCUCUCUAGCCUCCAAGAUCCUCGCCCACCACGGCGUCGUGGACGGCUUCGGCCACGUCUCAUGCCGCGACCCGCGUCAGCCGCACGACCACUUCCUCCUCUCGCGCAACCUCGCCCCGGCCCUCGUCGAACCGCACGACAUCGUGGCCUGGCGGAUCGACAACUCGGAGCCCACGGUCCCGGACUCGCCGCGGGGGUUCCUGGAGCGCUGCAUCCACAGCGAGAUCUACAAGUACAAGCACGGAUCUCUCACACGCGCGUUGGACAGGCUGUAUCCCGCGGUCGCCGCCGUCGUGCACUUCCACUCGCCCGACAUCCUCCCCUUCGGCCUCCUCCCGAUCCCCUUCAAGCCCGUGUACCACAUGGCGUCGUUCCUCGGCCCCGCGUCCCCGCCCGUGUUCGAGAUCCGCGACGCCUUCGGGCCCGCGACGGACAUGCUCAUCCGGGACACCGCGAUGGGCGCCGCGCUGGCGGGGCACUUCCGCGCCUCCGAGGCGGCGGAUGCGGAUGCGGAUGCGGAGCCGCGUCCGCUGGUGCUGAUGCGCGGGCAUGGGGCGACGCUCGUCGCCAGCUCGCUGAAGCUUGUCGUCUACCGUGCCGUCUAUACGCAGCACAACGCGCGCAUCUUGACGAGUCUGAGCGCACUCGCCGGCGGCGUCGAUCGGGUGGCCGACGGCGCGCGGUUUCUGAACGCUGAGGAAUGCCGUGCUGCGACGAGGAGCAAUGAGGGUCAGAUUACGAGGGCCUGGGAUGUGUGGGUCCAGGAGCUCAAUGGGAAUGUGUGA